AUGUUCCUGACAUACAGUUCAGGCGACGAGGAGGAGGAGGACGAGUACGUGCCUCCUCCCUCCAAGAAGCGAAAGGCCCCAGAGUCGGAGCCAAACAAGGCUCCUGCGCAGGAGCUAAUAUCGGAGAUGAGGGGCAAGAGGCAGAGAAUCUCGGAGAGGGAGGCGGAUGGGGAGGGGGGCGAAGGCACAAAGGUCCAAAGGACUUUUUUUGCCGCGGCCAGGGAGGAGGCCAGAGAGGUCACCGAGAACGUCCAACGGGCGCGGGGAUCUUUUCAGAAACCCGCUGCCCUUGCCCCAGUUCUCCCCUCACUGAGGGCAAAGUUACUGGAUGACUCCAACAAGCCCAAGAAGUCAUCAGUAACGUUUUUCUCGUGCAACAGUGAGGCUUAUAAAGCCUCCUCCCAUGAUUUCCGCCCCAGGAACGCCCAACACUACGUCGUCGAGACUCGCAAGAACAAGCACAAGCCCAAGUUCUCGUCGAACUGGGCUACCUACCGGCGGUAA